AUGCUGCAGGUGAAUCUUAACCACUGCUGGACGGCACAGCAACUCCUGGCCCAAACAGUCGUCGACCGGAACAUCGAUGUUCUACUCAUCUGCGACUACUACCGGGGCUUUGGUGACGACCCACGUUGGGUCGACAGUGCUGACCACAAGUGCGGGUUGCUCGUCACCAGUCGUCGCGCAAUGCCCAUCACGGACAAAGGAGCCGGAGCAGGCUACGCUUGGGCCAGGAUUGGCGGCACCUACUAUUUCAGCUGCUACUGGACGCCGAAUUGCACACUGCAGGAAUUCGACAACUUCCUAAACGGAGUUGAAUGGGCCAUUUGGAAUUCGGUGGACAACCUACUUGUUGCUGGCGACUUCAACGCCCACUUGUCGGAAUGGGGUUCUGCUAGGGACGAUGCUAGGGGCUCGCUGUUGUCCGGCUUAGCAUCAUCUCUGGGCCUUCUAGCUUACAACGUGGGCUCUGAGCCAACUUACAGCCGAGUCAAUGCGGAGUCGGUCAUCGAUGUGACAUUUGCUCGCUUCCUACCGAACGCAAAUCCCCUAGUCGAGAACUGGUCUGUCCUCACGGAUCUUGACUCAGCCAGUGACCACUCCUACGUGGAGUUUAGUGUGAUUUAUUUGUUUGGAGCUUCAGCCGCGGCACCGGUCGUCCACCCUGGGGCAGCCAAAGCCUGGGCGACCAAGAAGCUCUCCCCUGUUGCCCUCGAAGAACAUUGGAGACGCACUAGAGGGGCUUCACUUCCACUACCAACGUCCGCGCCCGCUGAGGAUCAUGUGGCCCAGCUACAACAGUACCUAGUUGACUCCUGCGACGCCGCGAUGCCACGCAGAACCAUAUUCCAGGGAAAGAGAGCAGUGCACUGGUGGUGCAAGGAAAUCGCGGAGUUGCGGAAAUCAUCCAUCGCUGCCCGUAGAUGA